AUGGCUGAGGAAGACAUCCAGGCUGCUUUGCAGGCCCUGGAGCAGGAAUUCGCGGAGGGCGAUAUCACCGAAAAAGGAUAUCAGAAACGCCGCACCCUUCUCCUUUCCCGAUUCCAUAAUGGCAAUCAGACCCCGGGCGUUAAUGCGGCACAAUCCUUGUCAGGCAGUGGUGGCUCCCCGGCCACUUCUCUCAUCGCAGCGACAACACGUCCCACCAGCGGUGGUUCAUACUCUCUGAGCAGUGGAAACUCGAACGCAGGCAUCGCACGUCAAUUGAUUCCUGGACGACGAGAUAGCAUGGCUGCGCCCUCUUUCGAUCGACGAUUCAGCGGAGCGAGCCAGGAGUAUAUACCACGAUUUAACGGGAACGCAGAGAUACCGUCCUCGGCCUCCCACGAUUCUCUCUUCCUACCCAAAGGACCUGCUCCUGCACCCCAUCACCCAGAUUCCAGAACGGCGACGUUGCUGAGCCAGAACUAUGCAUUUAACCCCAGUAACCAGCCUGGCUACACGGAACGGCCGUCGAGCGGUUACGACACGAGACAGUCGACCAUGCUGGAAUCUCAGCAAGGCUUCUUUUCGGAUUUCGCUGGUCAACAAAAUGAAGACUACAGAGAUAGUUACGAUGGCGGGUACCACCGGUAUUCUCAGUCUGAUGCUUUUUCGCCUACCGCAAAUAUGGCUCCGCCGUUAGUCCCUCCUACCGAUCUGUCUCACGGACGACCAAUUGAGCACCUCUUGCCUUUGGAGCCUCGCGAUGUUCCAUUUGCAGUAUACGACCCCCACGAUGGGAACACCUUGAUGUCGAAAUUCGAUAACCUCCCAGCUGUCCUGCGUCAUCGCGCCCGAACGCACCCGAAACAGCCGGCGUACUGGGUUCUCGAUCAGAAGGGCAAGGAAAUCGCUUCCAUCACGUGGGAGAAGCUCGCAAGCCGAGCAGAGAAGGUGGCGCAGGUGAUUCGGGACAAGAGCAAUCUCUACCGUGGAGAUCGGGUUGCGUUGAUCUACAGAGAUGCGGAAAUCAUCGAAUUUGCCGUUGCGCUGAUGGGCUGUUUCAUUGCGGGCGUUGUCGCUGUACCUAUCAACAACCUAGAAGACUACGCGAGUCUCAACGUGAUCCUCACAUCUACCCAGGCCCACCUUGCCCUGACGACGGAAAAUAAUCUGAAGAGUUUCCAGAGGGAGAUUACUACGCAGAAACUCAAUUGGCCUAGGGGCGUCGAGUGGUGGAAGACGAACGAAUUCGGAAGUUACCACCCAAAGAAAAAAGAUGAUGCUCCUCCGCUUCAGGUUCCAGACCUAGCGUAUAUUGAAUUCUCAAGGGCACCCACGGGCGAUCUUCGAGGUGUCGUGAUGAGCCACCGGACAAUCAUGCACCAGAUGGCGUGUCUCAGUGCAAUUAUAUCAACGGUACCCGGGAACUCGAGCAGCGCCGCACAGCACCAGACGAGCGUCCUCACCGGGAGGGGCCACGGCGAAACGAUCAUCAGCUACCUGGAUCCCAGACAGAGCAUUGGUAUGAUUAUGGGCGUUCUGCUUACUGUCUACGGUGGUCACACGACAGUUUGGCUUGAAGUUCGAGCGGUUGAUACCCCUGGACUUUAUGCCCACUUGGUUACCAAAUACAGGGCAACGCUGAUGGUGGCCGACUACCCCGGUUUGAAGCGAGUCGCUUACAACUAUCAGCAAGAUCCGAUGUCAACGCGACACUUCAAGAAGAACUCUGAGCCCAACUUUGGAAGCGUGAAACUUUGUCUCAUUGAUACCCUCACUGUUGAUCCUGAAUUUCAUGAGAUUCUUGCGGAUAGAUGGCUUCGCCCGAUGAGAAACCCCAGAGCUAGAGAGAUUGUCGCUCCCAUGCUAUGCUUGCCAGAACAUGGUGGAAUGGUGAUCAGUAUCCGGGACUGGCUAGGAGGCGAGGAGCGGAUGGGAUGUCCUCUGACCCACGAGAUGGACCCAGUCGAACCUCCUGAACAGCGAAAGAGAAAUGAAAAGGCUGAACACAAAAACGAAUUCGGCAGCAGUCUUAUUGGCGGCACUCCAGCUCCUGCCCCGAAGCAGCAAGGGGGUAACGAACUCGCAGAGGUGUUGCUCGACAAAGAGGCUCUGAAGAGCAAUGAAGUAGUAGUCCUGGCCAUGGGUGAGGAUGCCAGAAAGCUUGCCGAUAACAUACCAAACGCUGUCCGAGUUGGCGCAUUCGGCUAUCCCAUCCCUGAUGCGACACUGGCUGUCGUUGACCCAGAGACGAAUCUAUUGUGUACGCCGAACGUUGUUGGCGAAAUCUGGGUCGACUCACCGUCCCUCUCCGGUGGCUUCUGGGCGUUGCCCAAACAUACAGAGACCAUAUUCCAUGCGCGCCCCUACAAAUUUGAAGAUGGUAAUCCUACACCGGUCCUGGUAGAACCUGAAUUCCUCCGAACAGGUCUGCUCGGUUGUGUCAUCGAAGGCAAGAUAUUCGUCCUUGGUCUGUACGAAGACCGACUCCGCCAGAAGGUCGAGUGGAUUGAGCACGGGCAGGAGAUUGUGGAGCACCGCUACUUCUUCGUGCAGCAUCUAAUUAUCAGCAUCUUAAAGAACGUGCCAAAAAUCCACGACUGUUCAGCUUUCGACGUAUUUGUUAAUGAAGAACAUCUGCCGAUUGUCGUCCUCGAGUCGUUCUCUGCUUCGACGGCGCCAACAACUUCCGGCGGGCCUCCGCAGCAAUUGGACACUGCCCUUCUAGACUCUUUGGCAGAACGUUGUAUGGAAGUGCUUUACCAAGAACAUCAUCUACGGGUGUACUGUGUCAUGGUUACGGCCCCAAACACUCUUCCUCGGGUGGCCAAGAAUGGAAGACAGGAGAUUGGUAACAUGCUAUGCCGGAAGGAAUUCGAUAUGGGUACUCUUCCAUGUGUACACGUCAAAUUCGGUGUUGAGAGGGCAGUGAUGAACCUGCCGUUAGGAGUUGACCCGGUCGGUGGCAUUUGGUCUCCCAUGUCUUCCUCAGCAAGACAAGAAAUUUUGGCGAUGGAGGAAAAGCAAUAUUCUGGUGUGGAUUAUCGGGAUGUCGUCAUGGACGAUCGCACCUCUACUCCUCUGAACAAUUUCUCGACCAUUGUUGAUCUUCUGCAGUGGCGUGUCUCACGACAGGCCGAAGAACUGUCCUACUGCACCAUCGAUGGACGUGGCCGUGAGGGCAAGGGAGUUACAUGGAAGAAGUUCGAUUUGAAAGUUGCUGCUGUCGCAAACUACUUGAAGAACAAAGUCAAGGUCCGUCCGGGUGACCAUGUUGUGUUGAUGUAUACUCAUUCGGAAGAAUACGUAUGUGCGGUGCAUGCAUGCUUCUGCCUGGGAGUGGUAGCGAUUCCAAUGCCCCCAAUCGACCAGAAUCGCCUCAAUGAAGAUGCGCCCGCAUUCCUCCAUGUCAUUGCGGAUUUCCAGGUGAAGGCGAUCAUUGUCAACAAUGAUGUCGACCAUGUAAUGAAGCAGAAGAUCGUUUCGCAGCAUAUCAAACAAUCGGCUCAGGUCCUUCGCAUUGGUGUCCCGGCCAUUUAUAACACUACCAAACCUCCCAAGCAGUCUCACGGUUGCCGAGACCUCGGAUUCACAAUCAAACCAUCCUGGCUCGAGACCAAUCAACCAGCGGUGAUCUGGACCUACUGGACAGCAGAUCAGAGACGAAUAUCAGUCCAGAUUAACCACGAUACAAUCAUGGGCAUGUGUAAAGUGCAAAAAGAGACUUGUCAGAUGACGAGCUCCAGGCCCAUUCUCGGAAGUGUCCGCAGCACUCUAGGCAUAGGAUUCUUGCAUACCUGCUUAAUGGGCAUAUAUGUGGGUGCUGCAACAUAUCUUGUCUCUCCAGUCGACUUUGCGCAGAACCCUUCGUCCCUGUUCGUCACUCUGGCCCGCUACAAGAUCAAGGACACAUAUGCUACCAGUCAGAUGCUGGACUACGCCAUGAGCACAAUGCCCGGGAAAGGGUUCCAACUCCAGGAAUUGAAGAAUCUCAUGAUAUCAGCAGAAGGCAGACCCAGAGUUGAUAUCUACCAGAAGGUGCGGCUCCAUUUUGCCGCUGCCAGUCUGGACCGGACUGCAAUCAACACGGUUUAUUCACACGUUUUGAAUCCUAUGAUUGUCACGAGGUCAUACAUGUGCAUUGAGCCCAUCGAACUCUACCUCGACCUUCGAGCUCUUCGUCGAGGACUUGUAUAUCCCGUGGACCCAGACACUGAUCCUACCGCUCUCUUUGUACAGGACUCCGGAAUGGUACCUGUCAAUACGCAGAUAGCUAUUGUCAACCCGGAGACAUGCACUUUAUGUCAUGCCGGUGAAUAUGGUGAGAUCUGGGUGCAGUCGGACGCUUGUGCGAAAUCCUUCUAUGGCACCAAACAGGAAAUCGAUGUCGAACGAUUCAACGGCAGAGUUAUUGAUGGCGAUACGAGCGUGCCAUACGUGCGCACAGGAGACCUCGGUUUCCUUCAUACAGUCACUAGGCCCAUCGGCCACGGCGGCCAGCCUGUCGAGAUGCAAGUGCUUUUCAUCCUGGGAGGCAUUGGAGAGACCUUUGAAAUCAACGGGCUCAACCACUUCCCGAUGGACAUUGAAAAUUCCGUAGAGAAGUGCCAUCGCAAUGUUGUCAAAGGAGGAUGUGCUAUCUUCCAAGCCGGAGGUCUCGUCGUGGUUCUGGUGGAAGUGACGCGGAAAGCGUACCUGGCUUCGAUCGUGCCUGUUAUCGUGAACACGAUUCUGAACGAACACCAAGUGAUUGUCGACAUUGUCGCGUUCGUGUCUCAAGGAGAUUUCCCGAAGUCUCGUUUGGGCGAGAAGCAGAGAGGCAAGAUUCUAGCAUCUUGGGUCACGCGAAAGUUACGGACGAUUGCCCAAUUCAGCAUUCGUGAUGCAGACGCUUCCGAUACUCAAAUUGCAGAGAUUCCGGAGCCUCGCUCCAGUAGGAGUUCAAAGCCCGGCAGCACGAUGGGCAACAGCACGCGACGGUCAACUAUGGCACCUGAUAGUGACUUCAUGGCGGUACCAAGGUCUCCAGCCCAAAGUCAAGAAGUGAGAGGACCUGAAGGACCCCCUUCUAGAGUGGCCAGUCAGGCGUCUAUGCAGCAACAGUGGCAGCAGCAGCAACAACAACAACAACUGCAGCAGCAGCAACAGCAACAACAGCAACAGCAACAGCAAGAGCUGCAGCAGCAGGAGGAUAAGGAGAAGGAGGAGGAGCAACAGCGGCAAGAAGCCUACCAGCAGUACGACGAGGAGUAUCAAGCGCUGGCCAACGCUCCUCGCUAUCAACUUACUGAUGCUCCGGUGAGUUCGGAUAUCGAACCGAACUUUGACUUUGACGAUGAGAUCCCGGCACCGGCCCCUCUGAGCAUUAUGAACCCGGAUGUAGAUGAUAGCCCAUCUACAAUUACUGGCCUGAAUUUUGGAUCAGACUUCAGAGAUGGGGAAAGCGAGCACACGACUCGCCAGGCUGAUAUUCCUUCCGUCGAACUCAGUCCUCCUGUAGAGACACCGCCAGCGGUACCCGACAAGGAUCCUUUGCACGCAGUGGCCUCGAUGCCUGCGCGAGGACGUGAUUCUCUGCCCAGUCAGCAGCGGCGUAACAGCAGUCUUCCGGCCGGCUUCAGCGCACUGAAGAUCUCCGAGGAUGGUUCUAGCGCUCAGGAGGGACAGAGGUCACUGAGCCAAGGCUCCCUGCCCAAACACGAAGAGCAUAAUGAGAGUGAAGAGGAGUGGCCACAGGAGGCUCUCCUGUAUCAGAAGCAUCUGGGUAUCAAUAGCCCGGGCAAGGGAGAUGGGGAUGGUGUCGGUCGUAGCCCGAGUACGAACAGCUCGAUAGUGAGGAAGAGGUACGACGGUAGCGACUAUGACUUUUAUUGA